GCAGCUGCUGCUGCUGCUGCUGCUCCUGCCUCUGCUGCUGCUGCUGCUGCUGCUGCUGCUGCUGCUGCCACCAACAGCGAGGAAAGAAGUCUAACGUUUCGUCCACCCCUCGAGACGUGCACAGCCACUAUACUACAAGCGGAGCGUUCGUGCGGGUGUCGCUACAGUAUCGCUCGUCGUUGUAGCAACGUUACUGUGGAGAAUUCCCUCCUCUUUUUGCCUCGCGCUGCUUGCUUUACUUUAGCGUCUUUAGGAGGCGUUUUGGCGGCAAUACAGCUAACGGUUUUCGCUCUUGGACGGAGCGACCACAGACUCGCUCCUCGCUCUCUCCCUGCAGAUCGCCAUUCCGCACAAGUGAGCGCUUCGCAUGUGCAAACCACUCAACUCUUGCGCAUUAGGCUCAUGGAGGAGGCCUCGGGAGUUUUUUUCGCUCGUGUCGUGACACAGAAGCAAAUGCGGCAACAAGAGCAGCCACAGGAACGAAGCCCCUUUUGCAGUCUGCUCCAGCAGCAGACUCCGAUUGGGGUGUACGUACAGCCUGCAGCGGCAGCCGAAAAAACGGCGGCAGCGCCGGUACUGUUGCGAGGUUUCCAGAGACUGCGAGACAGACGCUGGCUAGAUGAUGGCGUCCUCCAUGCGUUUCUGAAGCACCUGCAAGUGCUGAAUCACGAAAGGCAUCAAGUUAAAAGCGGGAGAUAUUUCAUUUCAUGUGCAGCCGCUGCUGCAGCUAGGCUAGUUAGCUGCGUACCGCGUGUCUGCAUCCUAAAAGCCUUCUUCUUUGCAAUGCUUCAAAGCAGAUCUAAACCUGCAGACUAUGCCAGAAUUCAGAGAUGGCUACGCGGAUCAGACAUGUUCUCGUUUCGCUUUUUGGUGCCGCUGCAUCUCCGUAACGUCCAUUGGUCUUUGGGUCGGGACCUUACCUUCGUGUUUGACGCGCUGCUGUCGCAACAGUUUGAGACAUUUCACGAAGCCCUCACUUCUUUAUCGACAGAAGGCGGGAAGACGCUUGGCGCGAGUGGUGCGCUGAACUUGCGUUGUGGCGGUCUUCCCUGUGUAGGUGUGGUUUUUGCAGGUGGUGCAACGCCACCUCACUGGGGUGCCGCGCUGCCCUGUGAGUUCUCUUAUGAAGUGUCUAAUAGCGAGAAGCAGCUGCAGCUGCAGCAGCAGCUGUUGCAAAAGCAGCAGACGGGCAGUGCGGCCUCUCAGCCUUCGGCGGAGCCUCUGGCUCAAGAGCAGUGCGCCGCUGAGGACGCCUUAGUGCAACGUGAGGAGUUUCCCAAGGGAACUAUUGAAAUGCGGGCAGGAAGCAUGUUCACGGACUGCAAUAGCAGCGGCAGCAGCAAAUGCAAUUUGUUUAAGGCUCCGUCUCAGGAGGGGUGUGACGACUGCGGGAUUUUCUUGUGCCUCUUUGCGGCGGUCAUCUCGAACGGAAAGCCUUUCGGCUUCUCGCAGCAAGAUGUCGCUGCAUGCAGACAGAGGCUUCCCAUAGAGGCUCUGCUGUCUGUACAGCCGCCGCUGCAGCAGCCGCUGCCUACGGCUGAGAGAACUCCCGCAGCGGCAGCAGCUGCAGCUGCGACUGUGGCGCUGCAGCAGUACGCGGUGCAGACAACGAGGGCGGCUGCGGCUGCUGCUGCAGCCUUGAAGAGCUUUCCCUCCCGCGUACCAGAUCCAGCAACGCGGCAGUUGCUGAGUCUGUCUCUUCGCCAGCAAGAGCAGCCUCACCAGCAGCAGCAGCCGCUGUCGAUGGAAACGAUUGCGCGUGUGCGGCUGCAGCUGCGACUUUUACACCAGGCAGUGAUCUCCUCGGCAAAACGCAUCUCUAGCGAGGUUCGCGAGUCAGGUCGAAGGGGUUCUCGCCUGGCUGUUCUCCGGACUUAUAAAGAAGGCGUCGCAAAGCUGAGGCGGCUUCUGCUGCUGCAUGCACCGACGCUGCAGCAGUACAGAGUGCUCAAGACAACCGUUGAUCAUUUGACCAAGAAGGGAUUUCUCUUGGAAAAAAGAGCUUCCUCCAAGAGUGAUGAAUGGUAUCUAUCACACGCUCACAGACUUCCCGAGUCGCACGGCAGGCCUGGCAGUUCGAUUUUUGUGAAGCCACGAGAGCUCUCAGAAAGACGAAGUGUCGCCACCCAACGUAGAAGGCGAAUAGGUAGGCUUAGAAAGCCUGCUGCCUUGCGAUGGAUUUGGCCCUCCAAAUCCUCCCUAGCCUUCCGUGGGUGUUUCAAAGCGUGCGAGGAAAUUCUUCCUGCGGCUCCUAAGACGCCUGCCAAGCGUGCAGCUCCUGGGGGGAAGCAGGGGAGAAUAAGGGAAAUCACUGCUAUGCCCUUCUGCCCAUCCAAAGUAGCGUCUGCAGAGGAUGGUCAGUGCUCUACGGGUUCUUUUUAG